GCAAGAUGUUUUUUGCCCGAAGUGGGAAGUAUAUUAUGGUCUGGGCCUCUAGGCCCCAUUAUAAUAUGCGCAGGUAGCUCCAUUGAUAUUAUAUUCGCUUACGACCAUACCCUGCAGUUGUUAUUGAGCGAUUUUUCGCACAAGGCAAGAUGUUUUUUGCCCGAAGUGGGAAGUAUAUUAUGGUCUGGACCUUUAGGCCCCAUUAUAAUAUACGUGGCUAGGCAGGCAAAUUGUCAUAAUGAUCCCGGAAAUAAGUCGUUAUGGGAAGACCAUCUCUCAAAAUUGGGAACACUAGCUAUCAUGGACCGAGUGAAUAAACGCGAAAUUCGAAGCAUCGCUGUACAAGAAGAAGCGGAGAGAUACAAAUCUGAGCAAGCGUCAAAAUUUUCAAGAAGAGAGGGGACGUCAGAAAAAAUAUUAAAAAAACGUAAAGUUACCGCAAGUAAAAGUGAAACAUCUUCCG